UGAAGGUCUGGAAAGCGUUUAAAAUGGGCGAGGGAAAAUUGCUUAAAUGGGAGACUCUUGAUAAAGAUGCAGUGGUUCUACCCUUGRCACUUGAAGUCAUAGAGAGUGCAAGUGCAAAGGAAUCCAUUAGCGCAUCACGGCAAGCAGAGGUCUCGAAGAAGCCUGUAAAGCAACCAUCUAAGUCACCAUUGAGUAAAGAUAAUGAGCAKGAAGAUGGAUUAUUCAGUUGCCCUGAGCCUGGGUGUGUCAAGGAAUAUAUCAAGCUGUGGAACCUAGACAAACAUCUUGCCACUGGAAAACAUGUCUAUAAAGAAGCUAGCGAGCCACUUUGUGACCGAGUUCUGAGGAAAUGGGCGGAACAGUUUGAGAAAGUAACUUUAAAUGAGGUUCCUGAAGCUAAAGAAAGCACACAAGCAGAUGUCAACAGCAGCGCAAAUGGUACUCUUGAGCAAGGUUGGGCUUUAAAGACGUCCAGAAAAGUAGUUCGUUUUUCUGAAAAAGUCAAGAAUUAUCUCAAAGACAAGUUCGACGCUGGUAAGACAACUGGUCGUAAAGCAGAUCCAGUACAACUUUCGGUARAUAUGCGAUGCGCUAGAGAUGAAGAAGGAACASGGAUGUUUCCAGCUGAUGAGUGUCUACAGCCUCAACAAAUUCGUUCGUAUUUCUCAAGAUUAUCAGCUGCCCAAAAASCUGGUAUAAAAAAUGCUGAYGAUUUGAGUGAUGCUCAAGUCCUUGACAUGGAAAAAGACAUUGAAGCACAACAGCAUGAAACUUCAGCUUGUCAUCUUCGCGAUGCUAUCUUAGAUGAAGUURCUGAGAAACAUCCAAUAUACUACGACAGAUUUAACUUAUGUGAAUUGUAUCAAAAAGACAGGCUAAACAAGUUCARUAUAGAUAUGCUGGUGCGCAUUUGUAAACAUUUUGAUCUUGAAGUCUCCGAUGUAUCAAGAGGGAGGAAGGAGGGUUUUAUCUGCCGUAUAAAACAAGUUGUCCAGAGUUGCAGCUGUUGUAUGUAAUUCAACGGACUCAUUGAG